CUCAGUGUAUAGAGAUCAGUUUGAUAAUGGCUGUGUUGGUGUACAUACUGCUUUCUGUGAUUGCUGUUAAAAAUGUUGUUGCCUCGUUUUCCCUGUCUGGGUCUGCAGACCAUGCUGCUGUUCAGUCACCUUUCACGUUUACGUGUAACACAAGUCGAGCAGUGAGUGGGAUUUCGUGGAAUACUGACGGGUCAUCAUUUUCUGUCUAUCAAGACUCGGGGACAAGUUGUAACACUGCUAGUGGACCUGCUGAUUAUAGAUAUUCCUGUACUGGAGGAAUAAUUUACACCCUGGCAAUCCCAUCAGUCAACUUCAGUAAACAUGGAUCAAAGUGGUUGUGUGAAGGUAUUUUUGGAGGCAGACAAAGUUCGGAAAUAACUCUAAAAGUAUAUGUUCCUCUAACAACCACUAGCAUGACAACCAGGCCUGCGUCAGUUGUAUCAGGAGUCACCAAUGUGUUACAAUGUUCAACCAACCCGUGCUACCCAAAUGCUGCAGUGAUAUGGACUCAGUAUAAAUGCUGCAAUGAAAAUAACAUCAGUAUAACAACCGGAGUCACCACAGACACGGAGUAUAUAGCUGACAGUGGAGUGAUCACUAGAAGUAACCUCACCAGAUCUUACACAUGGGCGGAUCAUGAACAGCAGAUCGUCUGUUCAGCCACCAGUGAUGGAACUACAAAAUCAUCACCACCCUUACAGCUGGUGAUAUGGGUACAAGUCGCUAUGGUUACUUUCCUAAACAUGAGUUCACAAAAUGAGAAGAUAGGAGCCAGUGAAGGCUUCAUCAAACUGGUCUGUGUCACAUCACCUAGCAACCCAGCUCCUACUGUUUCCUGGUACAAGAAUGGACAACGAAUAACGAGCGGUGUUACUGAUACCCCAGGGCAGAAUUCAGAUGGUCUUUCUGUUACCACCAGUUAUUUGUUAGUAGUGGUCAAUAGAUCAGACAACGGUCAAACUGUGUACUGCAUGGCACGGAUUCAAGGACAGACAACUCGAGUAAGAUCCAGCACUGGAAUACUUGAUGUUUGGU